UUGUUCAUGCCAACGAGAAAAAUAAAAGUUGGUUUGGUUUAUUUUGUCUCUUCAUACAUCCAUAUAUUUCACACAGUAGAAAUGGCUGCAGUUGAGAAACUGAGAAGUGUUAUCAACGAGCGACUAGCUGCAGCUGCCGAUGAAAUAUAUGGAGUUUUUGCUCAAGCUUUAUCAGCAUACGAGGAGGAGAUUUGUCGUCAGCGCAGAUUAUUGGAUACCGUCUUGAAGCCUCAGAUAAAGCUGCACAGAACAGAGCUCCCUCAGCAACAUGUCUGUAAUGAGGAGGAGGUUCUCACUGACCAGCAGCUCUGUAGUCAGGAAAGGAACUCCAGUCUGGACCAAGAGGACCCAGAGCCUCCACAGAUUAAAGAGGAACAGGAGGAACUUUGCACCAGUCAGGAGGAAGAGCAGCUUGGACUAAAACAGGAGACUGAUGUCUUCAUGGUGACUCUUACUGAUGAGGAAAGUGUGCACAGCGGUCAGACUUGUGCAAAAGAGUCUGUUGGCAAGCCUCAGAUAAAGCUGCACAGAACAGAGCUCCCUCAGCAACAUGUCUGUAAUGAGGAGGAGGUUCUCACUGACCAGCAGCUCUGUAGUCAGGAAAGGAACUCCAGUCUGGACCAAGAGGACCCAGAGCCUCCACAGAUUAAAGAGGAACAGGAGGAACUUUGCACCAGUCAAGAGGAAGAGCAGCUUGGACUAAAACAGGAGACUGAUGUCUUCAUGGUGACUCUUACUGAUGAGGAAAGUGUGCACAGCGGUCAGACUUGUGCAAAAGAGUCUGUAGGCAAGCCUCAGAUAAAGCUGCACAGAAUAGAGCUCCCUCAGCAACAUGUCUGUAAUGAGGAUGAGGUUCUCACUGACCAGCAGCUCUGUAGUCAAGAAAGGAACUCCAGUCUGGACCAAGAGGACCCAGAGCCUCCACAGAUUAAAGAGGAACUUUGCACCAGUCAAGAGGAAGAGCAGCUUAAACUAAAGCAGGAGACUAAUGUCUUCAUGGUGACUCUUACUGAUGAGGUAGGGAGAGGCAGACGGAAGAUGCUGGCUGUUAAAUACAGAACUCAGAAGAGGAAAGCAGAGGAAACUGAGGAUUUAGAGGUCCAAGAAGACAGCACUGAGUCUCCAACCAGAGAGAGAAAGGGGAGGAAAUGCAAGAAAGAUGUCAGUCCUUGUCCAAGUAAAACUCCAGAGUGGUCCCCAGAGGGUUCCAGGUCUCCUCAGCGGUCUGAAAGGUCUCCACAGCAGUCUGAAAGGUCUCAUCAGCAGUCUAGGUGGUCUCCUCAGCAGUCCCAAGAGUCUCGGCAGCAUUCACCUUCUCGCCUUCCUCCUCUUAACAGACAGCCCGAAUCCUCGGAUGAUGAAGAUGAGUCAGCUUCCCCCGCCCUCUCUGCUGGCAAGUCCAAGUCCAAGCCUGAAGUGGGCAAGGGCGACAAAGGGAAAGGCAAGGCCCAGAAUGAGAACCCACCCCCUGGUGCAUCAUACAGCUUCACAGAGGCGCAGGAGGAGGCAAUCGCUCGCUGGGUGGAGAGUAACAAGCUACUGUAUGACAUGAAGGACAAACAGUACAAAUACAAGGCAUUAAGGAGGCAACUAUGGGAGGGAAAGGCUGCGGAGAACGGGGUGGAUUAUCAUUCAAUUCAGAAAUGGUACCACACACAGAGGACUCGAUUCUCAAAGCUGCGGGAGGGCCAACCCAACAAGAAAUCACAGAAGAGGUUCGGUUAUGGUCUGUCGAGUGGUGACGAGGAAGACCCCAUCCUUGCCAGUGAGAAUGACAGUGACCGUGACAAGUUCAUCCGCCGGGUCUUUGGGUUCAUGAAGCCACACAUCAGACGUCACAAGAAGGAUACACCAGCUAGUUUUAAGGACAAGUUGGCCCUGGCUGAGACGGGUGAGCUGGCUGGGAGUGACGAACCCAGGGAGCCCACCAAGAAGUACACUGGCUACCCUACACCGAGACCUCCUUCCAGGACAGGAACAGCGGCUGAAGACCGACCCGAGUCUCCUACCAUGGAGAUGAGAGUUACCCGAGCAUCCCGUGAUCUCCAAGAUAGGCUGGUUCAGUUCAUCACUCGAGAGCAGCAAGUCAACAGGGCCACUCCUUUCUGCAAGUACCUGGAAACCGAACUGUAUCGUCUGCAUGAUGCCUGCCUGGAACCUGCGUAUGAGGAGAUCACCACAGUUCUUAACCAUUACCGGAAGGUGUCCAGACAGUUCAGGAUGCGGGAAGCGGCUGGUGACCAGAUCAGUCCCUUAGAAGAUGUCCCGUCAGCAUUCCAGUCGCAGCAGCAGCAGAGGCCAGUUGCUGUGAUCCCAGUCUGCACAUCUGCCACCUACUCAAGAGUAGGGAUGGGAAUCGAGAACCGGUACUAUGUCAGUACCGGUACCUGAUUGGACGGUAUUGGUAUACCAUUAAGCCGCUGGACAAACGGUGCUGCUAUCGGUAUAUGAAUUACGCUACUUCCUUAGUUUAAACAAUUCUCGUUGGUUGGGAACCCUCAUCCCGUGUGACGUAUCCUGUUUGAGUACCACUCUGAUUGGCCACUGUGAAUGCCACUCGUCAUCUCUCCUAACAGCUCUCUUAUUAUUGUGAGACUUCCGGGGGCAGACUAUAGGGGCAGACGCAACAUCUUACUAGAAACAGCGUCUCAAGGAUUCUUAACAUUUAACAACCUAUUAAUGAUGCACUUAACGGGAAGAAACUCAGCUAACAGACGUUAGUAACCAUUUUACCUACACGGAACAGAAGUCCAACACCAAGAGUCUAAAUCAACACUUAGCAAAACGGGCUAACGGCUACUUUAGCACAUAACUGGCAAAAGCAAUCUUUUCUACGUCAUUGUAUCUGCACAAACAACAUAUCACAUGAAAGCUGAGAUUCCAGAUUCCAUUGGUAUAAGUCUUAUCACUGUACGAAAACUCACUGAAAUAGCAGUCAGGAAAGAGCAAGAAAACAACUUCACUUUACGUAGCCAUGAUGAUAAUUAUGUCUUACCUGUGCUGUUUUGUGAUCAAAAGUUGUGUUCAAGGGCAUAACAACGGUUAAUCCAAUGUCUCUGUGUAACUUUAAAACGAUUACUGAUAAUCCAUCAUUACAAUUAUAAAUAAUAAACGGAUUAUAAUGGUUAACCGAUCGGAGCUUCCGGUUUAGGAGGUGCGCAUGCAGCGUCUCGUUUUAACUAAAUAAUGGUCAUGUUUACAUGGAUUUAUGAACUGCCCCUAAUUACCGCCCCCCUUCCAGAGACACACUGUCAAACACUCAUACCUGCUUGGUAUGACAUUGAACAAGUUAUAUUAAAUAAUAAAUACAAAUAAAUGACAAUAUAAUGACUGUUGUUUAAUCUUCACAUCUUGUGAUCAUGUCUAUAAUUUUGAGCACCAAAUUAUUGAAAAGUAUCGAUAAGAGUAUUGAAAAAUACUGGUAUCGAUAAGCAAUAUCGGUAUCAAUAAAAUCCUAACGAUAACCAUCCCUACUCAAGAGUCAGCCAACUUCAACAGGAGAGUGCCCUCCCCAGCGGUACCUACUACUCCACCAGCAGAGCUGCCUCCUCACCGUCAGCAGAUUUCCAGCCAGGUCCCAGCCAGUGGCCUAGGAAGUAGGAACCCACCUCCGGCAUCAGUGUGGAGAUUCCAGGAGUGUGGCUACGUAGAGCAGACGAACCAGCAGUACAACUUAGAACAACAGCAACAGCAGCAGUACCAUACCCUCCAGCCAGCCAGCACUUCUACUCAGGGCUACGUUCCUUCUCCUCGCCAGGCUGCAUUCUUCCAACUUCCUUCUCAGCCUCCUCAGCAGCUAAUCAGAGGUCCUUGGCAGCUAACACCCCAGCAGCCAGUCCAGGGUCGUCCGCCUCCUCUUCCAGCUCAGCAGUCCCAGCACAAUGUGAACCAGUAUCUAAACCUAGACGACAGUGUAAAUAUCAACAAAGACAUCGAUCUCUCAGCUUUAGUGCCACAUGACGACAAUAAUAACAAAAGCCAGUAACCAGAAAUUCAGAGACAGUUCCAGAAAAAUAAUCUGAGACAGUUCCAGGAAAAAUCUGAAAAAUAAUCACACAGAAGCUUGAGAUUGUAAUAAAUAAAAUAAUGUAAUAAAAAUUGUCACUGCUA